UUCUUCAAAAUUCUCAUUUUGCAUUCAACAAAACAUACCAGCAUACAGGUUUGGAAUGACAAGAGGGUGAGUAAAUGAUGACCAUUUUCAUUUUUAUGUGCACUGUCCCUUUCACGCUCUAUAUGCUUUUGUGUUUAUGCUAUAUAAUAUAAAUGAAAUAUGCAGCACAGUGAAUGCAGUAGGUAUGGGAGGGUACAGGUGCAGCGCUGGAAAGAGAGCCCUGUGGUUGUGCCAGUAAUUGAACGAGUCCCCAUCGUUGCUCACAGCCACUCACCGCAAUAUGAGUGCUGAGAGCCUUUUAAUGUUCCCCAUUCCUUUGAGUGAUAUUAUAAUGCAGAGCAUCCCAGCUGCCUCAUCUCACUUGAUUUGAUGCUUGAUAGAAGUGAAGCGCUUCUUUUCCUCCUUUUCAAAAAAAUCCGCAGCAGACCAAGCAAGCAUGUAAACACUGAGUAACACAGCGGCAGACCCUCAGUUCAUUGAGCUUCACUGCUGCCCACCUCCCGCUUUACUGGAGCCGAUCGCAGGGGGACGACCGCCAAUGGGCCAUGUUUGUGAUUGAGGACAGACGGAGAUGCAGAGAGGGGCUGUGAGGAGUCCUCCAGGUGACCACAGUAUUCUGAUGAGCUCUGAGAUUAUGCUGAGAAGGAGAAAACCUUGGCCAAAGCCCUGGAGGACCUCAAGGCCAACUUCUACUGUCAGCUGUGUGACAAACAGUAUUACAAGCAUCAAGAGUUUGACAACCACAUCAACUCCUAUGACCACGCUCACAAGCAGAGGCUGAAGGAACUGAAGCAGAGAGAGUUUGCCCGCAAUGUGGCCUCCAAAUCCAGGAAGGACGAGAGGAAACAGGAGAGAGCUCUCAGACGCCUACAUGAGCUCGCUGAACGACGCAGAGAGUGCCCCAGGAAGUGGUCCUAUGUUCAAGUCUACCACGGUGGCAGUGGAAGGUUCUUUCAGGGAGUCCUGCUGUGAUGAUGCCCAAGAAGAGAACCAAAGCUGUGCAACCCAAGAACCAGGGGGUCAGAUCCAUUCCAGCGGUUGUGGCUUAGCUAGUAAGCAGUCACAGUGGCCUUACAAUGGGAGGGCCAAAAAGCAAACUUUCAGACGCAAAAUUGCAUUCUCUUUUUCCUUUCCAAAGAAAGCAUCUGUUAAGCUUGAGUCAUCAGCGGCGGUUUUCUGUGAGAGCAUGGAAGAGGGAUCGAUGGAGCGGAGCCGCAGACAAAGACUCAGAGCACCCCCUGUCGAGCUUGACCUCCCUGGCUCCCCCACGGAGGGAAAAGUACUAAAUUGUGAAGAGGCAAUUUACAGCACUGGCACACAGCAGGGCAAGCACUUCCAAAAAAGUGACAGCGCCGGAAGUCAGGGGUCAUCCGAUGCGCCUGUGGCGAGGGAGAGCCCCUCAUCAACGGCCUCAGAUUUGUGUGCUUUGCUCGUUUACUCAGAGGAUGUGGCCAGUCCGGCCGUCUCCCUCUUAAACACUUCCCCUUUUCAUUUAAACAGGGCUGAUAUUGUUCUUGACUCUGAGGACUCUGUUGAGAGUCUGAAAAGCAGCAUUGCUGAAAGUAAACCUGAGACCUCUGAGGAUGUGACAGUAGAGGAGAGCGGCAUUACAGAGGAGGGGCACUCGACCAUCAGUGAGCCUCCGGAAAAUACUUUCUCAGAUGUUCCACCUAAAAACGAUUGCCCUCAACAACAAGAGCAAGUGGAGGAUGCAACUGCAAAGACACCUCACCCGUUCACAAAGCCCAGCCAGCCUUUUUUCUCUGUCCUAAGCAGGGACGGUAACACCAUCUUCCAGUGGCCCUCAGAGAUGGUGACCUUCACAAGGACAGAGCCGUCCCUGUCUUUCAGUUGCAACCCCCUCCAUUUUGACUUCAAGAGGUCACGGAUUAGAAGGUCUGCCGACACUCUGGAGGUGACUGAGCCCAAAACUGAUGAGGAAUUAUCUGUCUGCUCAGGUUUCAAAUCCUGCCACUCUGACAAGCACAUUGAGGAAUCCACAGCCAGCCCCAGAAACAGUCCCAGCCAAGGACCUGAAGGCAAGGUCAGAAAGUGUUAUCAGUAUUCAAGUGACACUGAGAGUUGUGUCAGGCUGAAAACACAUGACAGGUGUAGACAUUCCAAAGAUUGGGUCCACGCAAGUAAGAGGGCAGAAGAGAAAUUGCGGGCCAGGGACCGACGUCAUUACAGGAGCCACUGCAAAAGGAAGCGGAGGAGGCGGAAGAGGAGGAGAGACAGACACCGGGAGACAGAGAGCAAUAUGGUGAAAUCCAAGAAAUUCCACAGACGACCUGAGUGUGUGGAAGGACUUGAUAGCCAAUUUAGAGGCACCACUUCACAGCAAGUGCAUCCAUUAGAGAAGUCAAAGCAAUCAGCUCAAAAUCAGGCUGAGGACAGCAGCGCAGCUCCCGUAGUCGAGGAAGGGGUGGGAGGCAGGAGGCAGGAGGCAGCAGCCGAUGUAAACGGCUCAGCGGGCUGCAUCAUUCUCUCUGAUGAGUUCUGUGCCGAUAGUGGAAAGGUGCUUGGGAACAGCAGGGAAAAGCCUGACAAUCCAGCUGCAGGGGAGCUAAAGUCCACAGGACAGUGUUCCCACAGCCAGGAUGCGUCUCACUCUCAGAGAUCCAGUGCAGCCGAAGAAGAGACACCUCCGUUACCAGAGACUGGACCAUGUGAAGGACAAACUUCGAAAAAAAGGCCUACAGAUUCUCUAAGCGACGGAGAUGAGUCUUACGACCCCUGUCAAUCUCCGGCAGAGAUUUCUGAUGGGUGCCCAGAACGUACCUGUUGUGAGCACGGGACUAGAAGGAAAAGACAGAGGCGGUCACAUGUCCAAGAUCAAACCACAUGCCUUGCAAAUGAAUGCCCCAUUUUUAGGAACAGUGUUCUGGAAGAACAGGACAAGGCUGCAGAGGAGUUGAGCAUGAAAUGCCUUGUUUUAAAAGGCGCGUGUGACAGCUCAAAUGGGUCAGACCAAAUCUCAUGCAGUAUUGAUGAUGGAGAGAGCAGUGCGGUUGAUUCUCAGACAUUUACUUCCAUUAGCAGUGCCCUGGGUCAUACUGUGGAGGAGAGCAGUGACUUGCAGCAGAGCUCCUCCUCUCAGAUCAAUGCUUCAUGCACCAAGGGCAGUCUAACUCUACCGGAGACAGAUUCAAAGCUCUCGAAGGAGCCAACAAAGGAGAAUAGUAACAUCCACAGAAGUGAGUCUAAAGCAGCACAAACCCCCUUAAAGAACUGUAACAAGUAUUCAGUGGCUGCUCAGGCCUGCCUGCUCGAUGUAAGAGAUUUAGCCCUGCAGAGGACUGAAAAAGCCACUCACGACAAAUCAUGUCAGCACAGCCUUCAGACCCCACCGCAGAGAUUUCACCUAGGCAUUCAGGCUGAUGAGAAGUUAAGCAGAGAGUGCUUCCACACCACCAGCAGCCUGUUCCAACCCUCUCCAUCUUUCCAGGCCCCCUCAGACAGCAUGGAGAGAUGCUGCCUCUUGCAGAUCCAGAGCCAUGGACAUGUGCUACACCAGCAGGUGUUCCCCGCCAAGCUCAAAUCUGUUCUGCCCAGGCCACAUCUGCCCAUGUCAUCUGCUGUCCUCCAUCCAGUUCACCUGCCAUCCUCCGUGCCUUCUGGCUCCAUCACAAUACGCCACACCAUACUACAGCACCACGCUGCUUUCCUACCCCCACAACCCCCUAUCUACCCCCAGGUAGUGCCUGUUUCUCGACUCCCCCUGGGGCCGGAGAUCUGUCCGGCCGCGGGACCUCCGUUUGUGACCCCUCCGCAGGUACAGGUGGUGGCGCCCCCUAGCCUUCACCCGAUGACUGUGACGUUUCACGCCCUGCCACGCCCUGCAGUGUUUCAGCCCAUGUUGCCCCCUCAUUCUGCUGUCAUUCCCCUGCAGCCUCUCUUCUAGAUCUACAGGUAUUUCUGUAUGUAACACAAUGUAUUUUAUACUGCAGUAGCGAGAGAAACAUCUGCAGCGCUGCUCCCUUAGUUAGAAUUUUAGGGUAGAUAGAUAGGAAGUAGUCCUUUUGCCGCUUGGAAAGGAUACUGUUUCCGUCCCAUGUUGUCAGUAGAGAUUCUUGCAGAAAAGAAUUGCACAACACUUUUAUUAGGAAAUAUAUAACUCACCUACCUGAUUAAUUCUGAUAUGUUUUAUUAGGAUUUGUUGUUGGGAAGAUUUUAACAGAUUGUAAAUCACCUCAAAGACAAUAGUUUUAUCCGAUCAAGGGCAGCAUGGUCAUGGUCAAGAAAGAAUUUAUAUAUAUAUAUAUAUCAUAUCAUACAUAUACACACACACACAGACAAAAUAACAAUAUACUAUAUGAUGGUUGCUAUUUGCAAUCUGUAGUAAUAGGAAACCCUAAAGUGUCAAAGUAAACUUGCAGAGAAUUUAUGUAACACAGACAUUCAUCAUGUGUGACAGCAUUUCAAAUGAACUACUGUACGAUAGUAAUUACUUUAAACAUAAUGUUGCUGUGCCUGUUGAAGGCUAGCGGAAUGCAGCAAAAUAGCGCUAUGCACCAUGUGCUACGACAGCACCGUGUUGAACACAUCCAUAGUGCUCAUUUAUAUGAGUAGUUUUUAUGCAAAUCAAAAAGCCCAUAGCAUGUAAUGGGGAAACUGAAUGUGACUGUGAAAGCUGAACUGAUUUGGGCAAAUUAUAUUUCUUAUUUUGCUAAUUAUGAGCAGUGUCAACCUCCAUGCAGCAAAUAAACGAACAGAAUGACAGUUAAGUUCAGACUACAGAAUGUGUCGUGUGGUUUAAUAUGUACUUCAAAUUGUAGAUCUUACAUGCUGUUGCCUAAAAUGUUUGAAAAGAAGCACAAAAAUUACCAAGUGCAAAUCCAUACGUGGAUGUUUCCUGUAUCCCUCAUAUUAUAACCCGCUUGGAUUAGGAGAACAUAGGCUAGAUCUAUCUGAAAACAUCUGUAGGACAUGAAGUACCCUGGGUACCUAUUUAGGGAAUUUUAUUUUUCAUAAUAUUUUUUUUUAUGCUGUUUGUAAAUCUAAAUGGUUUACAUAACCUAGAAUGAUCCAGUGGCCUGUCAUGUGAAGUAAAAUCUAACAUUGACAGUGUUUCAAAGUAAGUACUUACAACUAAGGCAAUUCUCCUUAUAAAUUCAUUAAUAUUAUUGGUUUGAUUUACAUAUUACACAUGGAAAAAACAUUACAAGCCUUGAUAAUGAAAUGCUGGUAAUAUGCUUAAUUCUAACAAAUAUUAGCUGGAAUUUAUUGAAAUCCUGCUUUGGGGUAACUCCAAAACAGAAGUUCGGUUUUGUUAGCAAAGGAUUAAAUUUCUUCUGCUUGCAUCAGAUGAAAGAGGCUAAGCUCAAGAGAAGGAUUCAUUUACUUAUUUAAAAAAAAACUAACUACUAAGAUACUUGAAUCCAAAAGCAAUUCUAGCUAGUUAGAGAAGAACAUAAGUAAUUCUGUAUCUUUUGAAUUUUCACAAUCCUUUCAUUUUCAAAGGAAAUGUGUUGAACUGGAAUUAAUGACUUAGCUUUAUUGAUUUUACAAAUAGCCAUAUGGAAGGUAGACUGUACUUAAUUCUUGAUAAUUAUGCUACCAUAUGUUUUGUUUUAGUAUCUUUUUAUUUAAAACAUAAAAAUUAUUCAAUACAAAGCUGUACAGCUCCACAAUUAUUUUACACAAUUAUAAUGCUUAAUGAGUUCCAGGUCCAGUCUGAAAGACUGUGACAUUUAAAUAGAAAAAGUAGAUAGAUUCGAUUACAAUUUUUUAUUUUUUUUUCCUGAAUAUCCCAAAAUCAUGUAAUUUCAUUACAAAUGUAUUUGCAUUAAAAUGAGGUGUCAUAUGAAAAUAAAAGACAAAAGGUGAUGCAGAGACAUUCAGAAGUGGUGUAGAGAAGGAGAGAGACUGGUGUUUUUGUAAAAUCUGUUUAACAAAGCCCUGAAUAACUCCAGAUUGCCCCUUUUUAAUUCAUGUCAAUUCUUAAACACAGAAAAUUGUGUAAAUGCACAAUGUUACCGGUUUUUCCCUACAGUCAAAAAAAACAACAACAUGCUUUGGAAAAUUGUAUAUGCUGUAAAUCAGUACUAUUUAUAAAUCAUGUAAUAUGUAAUGUACAUGUACAUAUGUUUUAUGUUUUUAUUGUGCCAGGUACUCUGUACGUAUGAAUUAUUUAGAUAAGAUAAAACAACUAUGUUUUUUACGCCACUUUGCCAACUGAAUGAUGCCGAAGUACUAUGUAAUAAAACAAAGAAACGAG